AUGGAAAAUAAAAUUCAAUUAAUUCAAUCCGAAAAAGGAAAACAGUUAGUUCUUUUAAAUUUUAAUAAGUAUAGGCAUGUAAGAACACGUAAAAACGGAAUGCGUAAAUGGCUUUGCACAGUUAAAACUUGUUACGCUAGCAUAGUUACUGAUGCGCAUAAGACGUCUAUUGUAAAUAUUAUUGGUGAGCAUACGCAUGAAUCUAAUUCUGAAGUGAAAACAGAACGACAAAUUUUGCGAGAAAAUUGUAAAAGACAAGCAGACGAUGGAAUUUCAACACGACCUAUCAAAAUUAUUAGAAAAGAACUAAUGAAUAGUGUAAGUUGUAAUUUCGAAAUGAAAGACAUUAUUUCAGUUUGGAAAGCUAUGUAUGAUAAGAGAAGACAAUCGUAUCCCCUAUUUCCAACUUCAUUAGAUGAUGCUAUACGUCAGUUACAAAAUAUGAAAGAAGAUAAUUGUUGUAUGCUGUUAGAAGAAAAUUUUGUUCAUGUUUCAACUGAAAAAAAUUUAGUUUGCAUUACAAAUAAAGAAAAUUUUGCAGUUUUUGAUGAAUUGUUCAGAGCUAUUUGCAGAUUGUACAUUUCAAUACGCACCUAA